GGAAGUGACAGCGAUGAUGAAAGAAAAAUGGAAAUAAAUAGGCCUAAUUAUCAAGUGAGGAUAAUGCAGAGCAGAGGGGUUGUGAAGACAUGAGCACAUCGGACACAUUUAGAUGGAGUCUUCUUUCAAUGCCGUAGAGCUCCGGGAGCUGCGGGGUGGUGGAGGCCGGCGAGGCGUGUCUCCGACACCACCCUCAGCACCCUGGACAGCGGCCACAGUGGGCUGCGCUGCCCGGGGGUUCGAGAACGCCUCCUACCAGCAGGACGAGGAGCUCGGCCACCAGCAGGGGGCCACAGCGUCGGCGGGGCGUCCGCCCUCAGCUUCAGGCAACAGCAAGGGGGAGCAGCAGAAUCAGGAGAUCUCUCCGCGGUCAUAUGAUGAGGAGGAAGGAGGUGGAGGGCAGGAGGACGGCCAGGACUUCACUGAGUUCAGCCCCGCUGAUGAUCACUCUGCUGACUACGGCUUCAUCUUCGCCCUGGUGUUCCUGGUGAGCGGGAUCGUCCUGGUGGUCAUAGCCUACACCAUCCCGCGAGAGGCCAAAGUCGACCCGGACUCCGUGUCGGCUCGCCAGAUGGAGAAGCUGGAGAUGUACUACGCCCAGCUGGGCUCCCACCUGGACAAGUGCAUCAUCGCGGGCCUGGGCCUGCUGACCCUGGGAGGGAUGUUCCUGUCUAUGCUGCUCAUGGUGUCCAUCUGCCGGGGCGAGAUGUACCGACGCAGGGCGGCGUUUGUUCGACCUAAGAGGACUUACGGUUCCAUCAACCUGAGGAUGAAGCAGCUGGCGACUGGAGAGGCAGUAAGCGGCGAGGGCGGGGACGGAGGUGAGGAUUUUUUGGUGGAACGUGCAGAGACAGGGAAUAACAUUCAGCCAGGACCUAGUGGGGACUCCAAAUCAGAACCAGGACCAAGCAGACACCCUCCUCCUGCCACAUCUUCCUCUUCUUCUACAAAUGCAGCACAUGGAGUCAACUAG